AUGAGGGCUGCUCACCGUGCCCUGCGCUCAGCAUUCAUCGCUGCAGACAUGCUCUCCCUGCCUGGGGGAGGCUCCCCGAGACCUGAGCCCCUGACGGAGAAAAUAAAGACCACCAUCCAGAGGAGCCUUGUGCUCAGAAACUUUGGAACCAAAAUCUCUGCCAGAGCUACAGAGUGGAUCACUGCGAAACUCAAGGAGGCCCAGGGCAGAGGAAAAACAUUGACCACUGAUGAUUCCGUUUGUGUGCUGGGAAUCAGCAAAAGAAACGUUAUUUUUCAACCUGUGGCAGAGCUGAAGAACCAAAUGGAUUUUGAGCACAGAAUUCCUAAAGAACGGUGGUGGCUCAAGCUGCGGCCCCUCAUGAAGAUCCUGGCCAAAUACAAGGCCAGCUACAAUGUGUCAGACUCAGGCCGGCUAGAGCACAUGCAGCCCUAGAACCUCUGACCCAGUCCCACCUGCACGUGCCUGCAACCUGGACUCACCGUGGACCAUCCAUUUUUGUAACACUUAAGUUAUUGAUCAGCACUUUAUGCAGGUAUUAUUGACAUUAAAACCUAAUCAGUGAGCACCUGUCACCGCCCGUGUGCCCCACCAGCUCCAGUGCGUGCUGUCUGGACUGUGUCUCAUGCUUUCAGAUGUGCGUAUUAAACAUUUGCCUACAACUCCAGUAGGGUGGCUACUAAAGGUUUUCUCCGCAGUUUUGUGGGCAAAGAUUAUCAAAAUAAUUUUAUAGGGAUCACUGAACUAUGUGCAAGUCAUAAAAGGAGAACAAAGCCAGUAGUUUACACAGGCCAAGGGGCAUGCCAUGUUUACUUACCGUUACAUAUUUGCCAUGUGUCAGUUUCCAUCCACAGCAGC